GGCAGAUCUGCUUCGAAUAUCUAAGAUCAAAUAUUAAAUACUUACUUAAAUACUCCUGUUGUUGGAUUUUGUGUUUGGUUAAAUCAUUUACAUAAUUUAACUUGAAGGAUAGUAAUUAGGUGCUCACUCGCCAACUUCAUGGUUCACUUCCACGCUUGGAAGAAGUUCUACUUUUGAUGAAAGAUGAUGCUUGUAAGAAAUUUUUAAGGAAUUCAGAUUACUUUGUAAACUUUUAUCAUAAUUAUUGUAGUUUUCUUUAUUUUUACUUAUUAUUCUUGAAGUCUGUUAAUUGGAUUUGUCGAAGAAGGUACACUGAAAGCUAGUGGGAAUGCUAACGCACUAUCGAACUCGAAUUCAUCAGCAUUUUAUCAAUGGCAUGGGUAUUUCUAUACUGUUUUAUUAUUAGCAGCUGGGCUCAUUCGGACAAUUCUGUUUCAACAAUAUUAUCACUUCACUUAUAGAACUGCGAUGAGAAUAAAAACUGCAGUUAUUGGCAUGGUCUAUCGUAAGUCCCUUAAAUUAUCCAACUUCGCUAGACAAACUUCAACAACGGGUGAAAUUGUGAAUCUUGUAUCUGUUGAUGCUCAAAAAUUAGAAGAUACACUGGUUAACAUUCACAUGUUAUGGUCUUCGCCAUUUUUAAUUAUAUGUUCACUAAUCUUAUUGUGGUAUCAACUCCAGUAUGCUGUUCUGGCUGGCGUACUAACAGCGGUUGUUUUAAUUCCACUCAACGGAUAUGUUGGUGUUAAGGUUAAAAAAUUAAAUACGAAAAUGAUGAAAAUUAAAGAUGAACGUAUUAAACUUUUAAAUCAAACAGUCAUUGGUAUAAAGUUAGUCAAAAUGUAUGCAUGGGAACCAGCCUUUGAAAAACGUAUCACAGAGUUAAGAAAUACAGAAGUAAAAGCGAUUAGAUCAAUUGAAUUUCUGAACCUGAUAUCUUACAUGAGUUUCACUUGCGCACCCUUAUUAAUAUCAUCAGCUACUUUCGUCACAUACGUUCUCACGUCACCAGAAAAUGUGUUGACGGCGCAAAAAUCAUUCGUUUGUCUAGCCCUAUUCAAUGUCUUAACAUUCCCUCUGAGUACGCUUGCAUAUAUUUUAGCCCUCUUUGUACAGAGCAAAGUAUCGUUAUCUCGUAUCGUUAAUUUUCUUUUGAAUGAAGAAUUAGUGGAACAAACAAUUGAAAAACAUCAUGAAAACAAAUCACGUCUCAAUCAUGAACCUGAAGAAUAUUGUAACAGCAUUGGUGAAAAUUCUUUACCGAAUACGCAAUACGACAUAAUUUGUACGAAAGCAACAUUAGGAUGGGACAAUCAGACUAUACUAUUUCGAAAUUUAAACUUGAGUAUUCCAAGGGGGAAAUUUUAUGGUGUCGUUGGCCCGGUUGGCGGUGGAAAGUCUUCACUACUCAGUGCCAUUUUAAAUGAAAUGCACCGUUUUGCCGGUAGUAUUAAAGUUAAUGGUACUGUAGCUUAUGUUUCGCAGCAGUCCUGGUGUCAAAAUGCAACUGUUCGAGAUAACAUCCUGUUUAACCGCACAAUGGAUAACGACUGGUAUAAGAAAGUUGUUCGAAAAUGUUGCUUGUUAGAGGAUCUUAGACAAUUACCGAAUGGUGAUAAGACUGAAAUUGGUGAACGGGGUUUAAACCUAUCUGGAGGUCAAAAGCAACGUAUAAGCUUAGCCAGAGCUGUUUAUCAACAAUGUGAUAUUUAUCUACUCGAUGAUCCUCUUUCUGCUGUCGAUGUUCGUGUCGCCGAACGGUUAUUCAGGGAUGUUAUCGGUCCGAAAGGUCUCUUGAAAAAUAAAACACGCGUAUGGGUGACACAUCGGUUAGACAAUCUUUUACAUGCUGACAAGAUAUUAUUCAUUUGUAAACAAAACCAGAGGAUCGAAAAGAAUUUCCGUAUUAUUGACGAGUUCCAAGGUGAAAGUGCACAGUCAGUCGAUCAGUGCGAAAAUCCUGAAAAAAUGAAUGGUGAAGAGUCUACUUGUCAAGAAAGUUAUAUACUUGAAGAAGGGACUCAUGAGGAACUGUUGAAACUAGAUAAAUUUUAUGCAUCUUAUUACCGUACACACAGAUAUGAUUCUAAUGAAGAAAAACAAGCAUACGACAUGGAUGAAUCUAACAUGAUUCUUGCCUCAAAUUCCAUAGGAAACUCCAGGAUAGAAAUGCCUACUAACAGUGGUGACGAGUGUAGUGUUAAUCAUAAUUAUACUGCUGAUGUGUACAGUUCAACUGACAGUUUAUCGACAAAAUGUGGUACUGAGGAUUAUACAUCCAUAUUUAAAUCUGUGGAGGAGGAAAAAACUCAGACAGGAUCAAUAAAUUUACUUGUCCUAAGAGCUUAUGGAAAUGCAUAUGGUCACUGGAGACUUUCGCUUACUUUCGGAGCGUUCAUAUUACUUGGUAUGGCUACUAUUACAAAUCAAACAUGGCUUGGUUAUUGGUCUGGUAAAGAAAGCACAAGGCAAUUUAAUUUGACUAAAGGAAACCACACUCUGUUGUACUACAUAAGCAUAUAUAGUAUACUUGCUUUUCUUCAAGUAUUUUUCACGGGUGUACAGAAUAUACUCCUGAAUUUUGGAUCAGCUAGUGUAUCCAGUACAACUCAUUCUGAUCUCUUAAGUUGUAUCCUGCGUGCACCAAGUGAAUUUUUCGAUACAACACCAUCAGGAAGAAUACUGAAUAGAUUUUCAAAGGAUAUUGAUAUUAUUGACUCAAAAUUACCAUAUAAUAUGCGCGUUGUACUUGUCACCCUAUCUCACGUGUUAGUCUGCUUUACGUUAAUAUGCAUAGCAUUACCGUGGUUCUUAGUCGCGCUAUUUCCAAUUAUUGGAUGUUUUUGCAUUUUACAACGAUUUUAUAUGGCUACUAGUCGUCAGUUGAAGCGUUUAGAAUCAGUCAGACGUUCUCCAGUACUUUCAUACUUUCAAGAAACUCUUUCAGGGAUAUCAGUUAUUCGAGCAUUUAAAAGAGAAAACGAAUUUCUAAAUACCUGCAAUAAAUUAGUUGACGAAAAUUUGAAGGCUUCGUAUCCAGUUAUUGUAUCCUAUCGUUGGUUAGGUGUGAACAUCGAACUACUGGGACAUUUCAUCACACUCAUCGCGUGCAUUAUAAUUUUAUUGACUCUUGAGACAGUUGGACCUGGAUUUGCUGGUUUAGCCCUAGUCUAUUCGCUAUCUGUCUCUAAUUAUUUAACAUUUGUUAUACGAUCUAGCUCAGAACUAGAAAACUCAGCAAUUAGUAUUGAAAGAGUGAGAGAAUAUUCAGGGAUUCCAAGUGAGGGUGAAUGGCACUUGGAUGAAUAUAAUCAACAACUUGAACAGUGGCCAAAAGUUGGGUCUAUUGAAUUUAAUAAUUAUUCGAUGCGUUACAGAAGAGAAUUAGAACUAGCUUUAAAGUUCGUGAAUGUAAAAAUUAAUGGUGGUGAACGUAUUGGAAUUAUUGGACGGACGGGUGCCGGGAAAUCAUCACUAAUCUCAGCCUUAUUCCGUCUGGUGGAACCCACCACAGGUCAAAUCUCCAUAGAUGGUGUUAAUAUAAAUCUUAUAGGAUUGCAUGAUUUACGUCAAAAACUUACAGUUAUACCACAAGAUCCUUUUAUAUUCUGUGGGACAUUAAGAUAUAACUUGGAUCCACUCUGUGUUAAAAAUGAUGACGAAUUAUGGAAUGCCCUUGAAAAGGCACAUCUGAAAGAAUACGUGAUGGCUCAACCAGAGCAACUUGACUUUAUGUGUUCUGAAAAUGGAGAAAAUUUAAGUGUUGGACAGCGCCAAUUAGUUUGUUUGGCACGAGCUCUUCUCAGAAACUCAAAGAUACUUAUUUUGGAUGAAGCAACCGCAUCAGUCGAUAUGAAAACGGAUAACUUGAUCCAAGAAACGAUUCGAACACAAUUUACCAACUGUACAGUUUUAACAGUUACACAUCGCCUCGGAACUAUAAUUAACAGUGAUAAGAUUAUAACCAUUGCUAAUGGACAUAUUGUUGACUAUGAUACACCGAAAAAUUUGCUCGACAAUACAAAUUCAAUCCUUCAUAAGAUGGGUAAAGAGGUCGGUCUUAUUUAAAUACCCACAAUAUUUAAAUACUCUUGAAAAUAGUCUACUCAAAGAUUUCUGUAACUUUGUUUUCAAAGAAAUGAGUUCAGAUUUUGUCCGUUUUCUUGUUUACACAAAAUUAAAUUAUAAUUUUUUGAACUAGUAGAAUAUCUUACUGUAAUGGAUCA